CUAUUUGGUGUGGGCUGUGGGCUGAGUGGGUGGGACUUAAAGGAAUAACAGGUCUAGGAGAGGAGGAUUGGAACAUUUGUGUGGGCUGGGCAUGUGAAGGACCUAGAGCCGGAGCAUUUGGUGGGCUUGGUAAAGGACUGUGGGCAGAAGACUCUGGACUUGAAAGGGGGCCCAAGACAGGAGAAGGAAGUGAGUGGGAUAAAGCCGAAUUAAUGGCCUGGACGUGA